AUGUCUUACUGGAUCUGCUGCAACUUGUGCUUCCUUCCCCCCGGUGCUGACCGAAAACUGGCUGUAACGACCUGUGGCCAUAUCAUCUGCUGUGUCUGUUAUCAGAAAGGCAAACAAGACAGGUGUUUAAUAUGCAACUCCAAAUGCCAAGUAUCACCUCUCUCUGACAAAAGCAGCUCAGAGGUGAAGGCCUUGUUUUCUGACAUCAGUGUUGUGGCAACCAAACACUUCACGGAAGUCAGCAAAGUGAUAAUGUUCCAGGCACGACAUCAAAAGAGACUGUUGACUCACUACCAGCAAAGGAAUGAGAAACUAGAGGCGGUAUUAGUCAAGAUGCAACAAGAAAUGCAGCAGAUGACAAAGAAGCUGAAUGAACAGAGCGCCUGCAUCUCAAAGCUAGAAAACUGUCUCCGGCAUCAGAGUGUCAGAGCUUCAUCAGUGCCUCAGAUGAGCCACAAUCCACAUACUCCACAUGGACAUAAACCAGUCUUACAGAUUCCAUAUAACUCCCCCAUGGCCCUCUCGCGACACUCAUCAGCCACUAACAUUACUGAAAACAUGGAAGUGGAUGAAAGGAAACACUUCAGGAAACCUAACACUGUCCCUAGACUGUCGUUAUUAAGUCCUCCACAAGAUGGACGAAUGGGCAUCAUCCCUCACAGAUCAUCCAGUCGGAACACAUUGACCAACCAUUCUGCUCGCUCAGCAACAGUCAGUCGUUUUCAGGGAGCAACGAUGACCCCAGAUAUUUCAUACAGCCAGAGUCCUGGAUGGAAGUCUCCCAUCUUCAAACCUCCCUCCUCCUUCAGACGCUCCAUGUCCUCCCUGGUCUGCCCUCCUCCUUAA